UUCCUUAUCAUAAGUCUGUCUACUCUCUAUCUUCUUCUGUUUCUUUUCCUCCAUAACUAAACCCCUCCCUCUGUCUCUGCCACUGUUCUAAAACCCUAGUUUAGGCGCCGUAUUCUGACCGUCAUUUCAAGAGUCGUCAAAGACUGUUCAAUCAGGGUCAUUUCUGGCUAGAAUGUAUGCUUCAAGCUGAUGGUCUUUAAUUUUUCCAGAGUGGGUAGAUUGAGUAAGACAUUUUUGGAGGCCUUCACUUUAUCGAUUCUUGCAGUUGGCAGUGUCUGUCAUUCUCAAAUUUUCAGAAAUAUGAGAAAAAUCAAAGUGAAAGGUUCGUCUGGCUUGUUUUCUCAUGCAUUUGAUGGAGAAUCUCAGAUCCAACAAUCUGUAUCAGAGUGUGAAGAGCAAAAGUGUUUGUCUUGCAGUGUUCAAUCCACCCCUGAAAUUGAAAGGAAGUAUGUGCAUCGUGUUUAUGAUGCUAUAGCACCCCACUUUAGUUCCACCAGGUUUGCCAAGUGGCCGAAGGUAGCAACCUUUCUGAACUCAUUGCCUUCCGGAUCUCUCAUAUUGGAUGCAGGAUGUGGAAAUGGAAAAUACUUGGGUUUAAAUCCUGAUUGCUUUUUCAUAGGAUGUGAUAUAAGUGCACCCCUUAUCAAAAUUUGUGCAGAUAGAGGACAUGAAGUUCUGGUUGGGGAUGCAGUAAAUCUUCCUUACAGAACUGGUUUUGGAGAUGCUGCAAUUUCCAUAGCAGUGCUACAUCACCUAAGUACAGAGAAUAGGAGGAAGAAGGCAAUUGAAGAAUUAGUCCGAGUUGUCAAAAAGGGCGGGCUGGUACUGAUAACUGUUUGGGCAGUAGAACAGGAAGAUGGGUCAUUAGUUACCAAAUGGACUCCUCUCACUCAAAGGUACCUAGAAGAGUGGAUAGGACCAGGUAGUCCUCGUGUCCGAAGCCCUUCAUCUAUCACUUUAGAAAGCAUCCCAGAAAUAGAGGAGAAUAAUUCUAAAGACCAUGUAAAAGAUUCCAAGGAGAAGGCAGACAAGGAAUUAAAGAAAAUGACGCAUUUAACCUCUCAAACUGAAAUGGAUGGCAUUGGUAAAGAUGAGAAAAAUGCAAAUAAUCAACAGGAAUAUUUUGUUCCUUGGCAUUUGCCAUAUCACCGUGCUGAAGUAAGUGGUGCAUCUGCUUGUGCCCUUGAAAGCGGCCUGGCAAAAAAAGAUGAUAAAAAGGGUGCUGUGAUAUACAACAGAUAUUACCAUGUGUUCAGUGAAGGCGAACUUGACAGGUUGGUAAUAGGAAUGAACAAUGUAGUUGUAGUUGAUCGAUUUUUUGAUAAAUCAAAUUGGUGUAUCAUUCUUGAGAAAACUUCAUAACGAACCAGUUGACCCACCAAGGAAUCUCUGUAGAUAUAUUUAUACAGGACUGCUAAUCUUCUCUUGUGGCGACUUUGUCAUAUCAUUGGUGGGUCGAUGAGGAGUUGAACUGUUACCUGUCAGCUUAGCAAGGAUCAUACAACAUUCUUGGUAAAGCAGAUAUAUUUUACACAAAGGUUCCUUAAACCGAGUUUUGUCUAUGCUGAAUUACAUGCACACUGUACCAUAUAGUUGUGUAUCAAAAUUUUCCUAGUCUUCUUGAUAUAUUAUUUUAACUAGUUUUGAAUUUGAAGAAAAUAAGAUUUUGUAAGCUUAUGCAAAAAGGGAAGUGUCUAGAAAUGCCCUGAUCCCAAUUGUUAUCUAUGAUCGAGUUGCAACUAACAGUUGAAGGUUUCAGCUAGUAGAUGUUCCUAUAUUAUCUAGAAUCAAAAUUCUACAAAAGCUAUGACAUUGAAAAACUAGGUAGAGCUUUUUCUGUGAGGAAAGGAAUUUGCAUGAGCUUUACAUAUUUAAUAAACAUUUUUGUAUAUUGGAAACCUCAAAUUUGAUGAGUUUUAAGGGUGAUUAUUCAGUCCAUGUGGAUUAUAAUUCUUGAUUUACA